AUGGAUUCAACCAAAAAGAAGAAGAAUAUAGCAGCGCAUGAUGAGAAGCUUCCAUGGGAGUUGAUGGAAGAGAUACUCUAUCGUGUCCCACCUAAAACCCUCGUUCACUUCAGAACCGUUUCGAAACAGCUCUCUUCGAAGACAAGCUGUUCAUCAACAACCACAAGUCAACAAUCCAAAAUACCUAACUACUUGGUUGAUUGCGAUGAGUUCUUGUUGCUAUGUGACAUGGAUAUAGGAACCGCAGUUUGGAACCCGUGGUUGAAUCAGACUAAAUUGAUCAAGCCCGAACUUGGUUUCCAAAUCGAUGGCAUAGGCUAUGUUAAUAAUAAGAAUAGUAAUACAACAAGAAUUGAGGAAAAAGUUUACAAGGCCCUUGCGUCUUAUUCGAAGGGAUCAUACCCUAACGUCGAAACAUGCUGGAAAAUCUAUGACUUUGCCCCCGAUGCUCGGGAAAACAAAGGGCAUUGUGUUGAUGAUACUACUGAGGGAGAAAAAGAACCUACAUCACACAACUUGGGUGGUGUACCGUUGAAUGGAACUUUGUAUUGGGUUGCUUUUUAUGACGAGACUGAUUCCUUGUACCACCUUACGAAAUUCGAUUUUUCUAGUGAAAAAUUUCUCAAGUUUUGUGAUCUACCGUGUGGUAUAAACCAUCGUCGCCGCGAUGCUCUUGUCCUUAGGGUCUUUAAGGGAGAUCGGUUUUCCUUGUUAAAGCAAUGCCAUGUAACAAAGAAGGUUGAGAUUUGGGUGACCAAGAACAAGAUUAACGUUGAAGAUGGUGAUGGUGUGGUUUGGAUGAAUUUCAUGACUUUCUCAAUUCCUAACUUUCCAGGAUUAGUACAGUACUACUCUAAGCCAAGUUACUUCAUCGACGACAAAAAGCUUGUUGUGUGCUCUUGCGAUGAAACCGGGCAGGCUUGGAUAUAUGUUGUGGAGGGAAAUAAGUUGAUCAACAAAGUCCAAGUAGACUCUGCGGUUGAUCGUUGGCCUUCGCAUUGCACCUAUUUUCCCAGUUUGGUCCCGGUUCCUCGAGGCCAGAGAGAAGUUUAG